AUGGCGCUGUUCGUCUUGCUUAAGCUUCUCGCCUUUUUGUCUGCAAUGACAAACGUGUCUUGUGACACAGGCACUUGCCCAAACUGCCAAGCUGUUUACGCUAAUUGUUGUCCGGACAGUAGUCAGCCAGCGUUGUUAGGAGCGCCUUGUGCCAUUUGUGAUGCUGCGCUGAAUUCGGAGUACACGGACGCCAUACCGUCCUGUAAGCUUGUUCAAACCACCCGGUCGCUGUGGCUUCGCAACUAUAGUCUUGACCACCUGUCUUCGACAGACGUGAGCCACCUCAAACAUUUACGGUUUCUCCACAUAGAACCAGGAGACAUUCAACAUCUUGACAACAACACAUUUGACGGCUUCACCAACUUGUACAACCUGUCACUGAGCCAUAACAAACUUACGUAUCUAGGGAAGCAGUGGCUUCCUGAAGUAUCCGGCCAUUUGAAUCUAGCUCAUAAUGAAAUAGCGUUCAUAGAAGACGGAGCGUUUGGUGCCUAUGAUCACUGCAUCGAGACCAAAGCUCUAAACCUACCGUGGAACCGUCUAGACGUCAUUAGGCCAGGCUACUUCAGACAUCUUUGUAACGUAAUGCUCCUGGAUCUACGCCGCAACAGAAUACAAACCAUCGAUAAAGGCAGUUUUAAUGACCUGCACCGCCUGCGAGUACUACAUCUUUCUGGUAACAAACUUAAGGUGGUAAGAAGAUCUUGGUUUCCUGCCUUAGAGAGAGAAAGACUACUCGGUUCUUUAGACCUGGCAAAAAAUCAAAUUCAGUUCAUCGAAUCAGAGGCCUUUAUUCAUCUUCAGCUCUUAGAGACCCUUGAUCUUUCGGAUAAUCAGAUCACAAGUCUGCAAGAAAAUCAUUUACAAAUUGGUGAAUGGGACUGGAAUAUUUGGGAUAACAUCGAACUUAAAUUGGAAGGAAACUACUUGCGCUGCACAUGCUCUCUUCGUUGGUUCAUUAAAUUAUAUCAAAAUUUAAAUAAUGAGUUUUAUGAUUCUGAGCUACUAAAGUGUAGCUACCCGAAGGGCCUACGAGGAGUACAUUUGAGUGGAUUUUCGAAUGCCGUGAUAGCAUCAUUACAGUGUCCAACACCAAAAGGUAUCAUAAGAACAAUAGGUGACAGGCGGACUUUUCGGUGCGAAAUGUACUGGGAAGAACGACCUCCUAAAAUCCAAUGGAUGCUGCCGAAUGAUACAAGCCUUCUCAUCACGAAUGUAUCAUUUGAGCAAGAAAGAAGUGUGUACCUUGGUGACUUAAACUUUACCACAUCUUUCUACAUGAACCCAGAAGGCUUUACAUGCUGCAACUCUACACCAUUUAAUCAUUCCAAACUACAGAACAAUACCUAUAACUUCGUGGGAAAGACAAUAUCUUCUCUGACGGUCAGUCCAAUCGUACUGCAAGCAUGGAACGAUGAGCUUGUUUCCUGCUCAUCGCUGUUCGGCUCAGGUGAAACAAACAUCACAGCUCAUUUCAACGUGACUGUUUUUCCUCCCUCGUUAAAUGCUGGUCCUACCAUAUCCUCUACUACACACUCAAAGACAGAAACUCGACGUACAAACAACAAUCAGUUAAUCCACAUACUAGACUCAGAGGUAAACGGAAAUGUUGCAAUUAACUAUUGGGAUCUGGUCAUAACCACCCUUCUAACAUCAUCAGUAGUUGCCUUGUCUUGUUUUCUCAUUCUUGCCCUACGAAAAGGAAAAUUCAAGCUGUGGAGAGUUAACCCGGAUAACCGUGACGUACAGGAUCAGCAGAACCCUGACCCUUUCUCCCAACACACGUACGAGACGGUACGAGACGAAGACCAGUACGAAGUCAUACCGGACAGUCAGGUUGAAGCGGAUGAUGUCAUCACACCAUACGGACAAUCUACCAUUGCAGGUGCCUACAGAAUGGAUACGCCCAUGGCAGCAACAGCUAAUACUUCCCAUGUACCUAAGCAUAGAAGAGUCGAUGCGUCUUAUGUCAAACGAAAGAGAUCACAAGGGCAAGUGCCAAGGGAUGAUAAAGCUGCCGACGUCGCUGAGUCAAGCUACAAGUUAGAAGCUUCUAGACGUGGCAAUGUGGGUGUAGGGACUCGUGGGGUACAAGAGGGUACAUGUAAGGCUCACAGUAAAGCUGCCCAGGUCAACAACGGUCGCGGUGAUAGAGACUUAACAAAAGCAAAUGACUUAAAGCAAACAUAUGAUACUGCAACAGAUAAUGCCGGCCAUUUUAGAGAGAGUGAGCGAACAACAUGGCUUUAG